AUGCUGUCGCAACACAUACGCAAGGCUAUCCCGCAGGAGCUUGCGGUCUGGCAGCUCCUCGACGACAAGCUGACGAUGCGGUUCGCUAUCGUUCUGUCCCUUGCGGCUGCGACGAGCUUCAGUUCGGCCCAGAGCUCUGGCGAUGAUAUAUUCAGUGACUUGUCAAGCUUAGGCAGCAACUUGGCCACCUACUUGUCGUCCGCAGGCUCUGAUCUGAGUAGCUACUUCGGCACGCUCACCUCUGAAGCUGCAGGCCUCGCAACCGAUUCGACGGGUUCCCUCGCUUCUCAGAGAUCUUCAAUCGCCUCACAGCUGUCCUCGGCUGGAGCAGUGGUGACCAGUGCAGCCGGAUCCGCCGUGCCUGGCUUCAGCUCUAUCGUGAGCAGCGCUCUGUCAGCCAACUCACUAUCGAUACCCACUGCUACAGCUUCUAUUCCGAGUGCGACCUUCACCCCCACGGGUGCAGCGACUCGAGGCUUCGGUGACGCACCGCUCGUAUUUGCGAGCCUGAGCCUUCUGGCCUGCGUUUUCGUCGGCGCUGUUAUCACCCAGCGUUGCCUGACGCAAACCGAGCUGAAUGUACACGACCAAACUAUCCUGCAGCCCUGGUCUCCGUCGAGACGCCGCAGAAUGAAAGUCAAAAUGGCUUGUCUCGGCCUGCUCGCGCUGACUGCACUUACAAUCGCUGACGAUUCCACCGAUGAGAUUGCAUCUGCUAUCGCGAGUAUCGUCAAAGACAGCAACUCUGGCAACCUAGGGGCGCUACAAGGUGAUAUCGACAAGCUCACUGGUGCAAGCGUGGGCCUCGGCAGUAACGCAACCCAAAUUGCGUCAGGCAAUAAGACCGACUCAUCACAAGAUCAGUCAGGUGAUCCGAUCGCACUCCCUGCGAGUGGAGACCAACCGGCCACUUCAAUGGCCUUCAGAACUAGAUGCGUGGCGAGCUCGCUGGUUGCCGUCGUCAUCGCGUCGACGCUUUGUCAGCUAUGAUGCAAUGUCUUGCAGUCCUAUGAGCAGCCAACGGGAUCGACGGGAGAACAGCAUGACCAGGAACUGGCCGCUUUGUUGCCCAAUGCAUCCUUGAGAGCUAUGAUCGAUGCAUAGAUGGAUAAGACUGCAUGAUCGUCAAUGUAGACCAAAUAAAGUAGGCAAGACUGACACAUCGUAGCCGCGGCAAGAAUGAUCCAGAUCAGAUUGAUAGUAUUGAUGAUGGGCUGCUGCAGGAAGCCACGCUUCCAUCG